GCAGUUCGCUGAAAACGUGUAAAGAGAUAAAGUUCAAUUCAAACGCUAAAAAUAUACACGUGAGUAAAUUUACGUAAUGACAAAUUUCGUCGAAACUUAACCUAAAAUAUUUUGCCAGUGUAAAAAUAGCAUGAAAACAAAGUGAUAUUUUAGUUCUCAUUAUAAUGAAAAUUAAAAUAAUAUCCCAGUAACCCAAAGUACAAAAACCCAACUCACCUAAAUUUAAAAAAAAAUGGACUUCGCCAUAGGAGGCUUGGCAGCUUCGGGCGCUGCUUUAUUCAGCAACCCCUUCGACGUUUUAAAAACCAGACUGCAGCUGCAAGGAGAACUUAGAGCUCGGGGGCAUCAUGCAGUUUUCUACAAAAACGUGUUUCAUGCCGGAUAUGUGGUGGCCAAAAAUGAAGGAAUUAGAGGGCUACAGAAAGGACUUUCCGCUGCUUUAGUGAUGCAUGGUAUUAGAAACAGUAUUAGAUUAGGAACUUACCAAUGGCUGAAUCGUAACGGGUACUUGACCGACAGCCAAGGAAAAACGAUACUCUACAAGUCGGCCGUGGCUAGCGCAAUGGCCGGAGCAGCUGGAGCCUUUUUCGGAAGCCCACUCUUCUUGAUCAAAACUCAGCUGCAGUCGCAAGCCGCUGCAACCAUUGCCGUCGGCCAUCAGCACGGGCACAGCGGCCCUGUCGAAGCUUUUAUGCUUAUUUAUAAUAAAUACGGAAUAACGGGGUUGUGGAGAGGUUUGAGUGGAACCCUUUCCAGAGCUGUCGUGGGUUCUUCAGCUCAACUAACGACAUUUGCGAUAACCAAAGAUGCUUUAAAAGAAACAGAAUUAUUUAAAGGCAACCCGAUGUGCUCUUCUCUAGUCUCCAGUAUUGUGGGCGGUGUGUUUCAAACUGUACUAAUGACGCCAUUCGAUUUGGUGUCUACCAGGCUAUACAACCAAGGUGUUGAUGCCAAAGGAAAAGGUGUUCUGUAUAGUGGUUUGAUUGACUGCUUCUUUAAAAUAGGAAAAAGUGAGGGUUUCUUUGGUUUUUACAAAGGAAUCGGUGCAAAUUACAUGAGAUUGGCACCUCAUGGUGCACUGUGCUUGCUAUUUUGGGAUUAUUUAAAAGAUUUACAAAUACGAUAUGUUGAAGCAAUACCUCAAAAGUCGUGACGAACGUUAAACUAAAAUUACCAUAUUUUAUAUAGCUAACUGAUUUAUGUAUUUAAAAGCAAUAAUAUUUUGAGAUUUUACAUUUUAAGUUUUUGUAAUCUUGUAUAAUUAUUUUGUACUUAAGCAUUUUGUAGAAUUAUUUUAUGUAUACGUUGUAAAUAAUAA